AUGAAUAAGUAUAAUUUCCAAAGACCUGAAAUGGAGAUGCCUUUACAAAGUUCCAAUUAUAACCCUUCUAGGGAAACUCUUGGACGCUAUUCUGAAUAUUCGUUACAUUCUAGUUACAAGAUACGAGCUGGCGAUGCAGCAUCUACCAAUUCAGUGGCAUGUACAACACGAAUACCAUAUGCUACUUUAAUAGCUGCUCUUUUAUGUUGUACUGGUAUUGGAGUAUUUUGUUUUACAAUGUAUCGUGGUGUAACGCUUAGCGCAUUGAUGAUGGAUCAAGUGUUUCAUCUCUACAUUGGCUGGCUUGAAACUGUAAAAACCAUUUUAGUUUUGAUAGCUGCAGGAAUGGGAGCUCUAACAUUAAUGAUUAUAUUUGUUGGAUUUCUGGCUACAGGAGCAACUCGUCGUCGUAUUUAUAAAGCAUGGAGAAAUAGAGUUGGUGGUCGUAUAUCUUGUGCAGUUUUUAUGGGUAUUAUUUACAUACUUCAAUUUUUUUGGAUUUUUGUAUUUGGUUUACUAAUAGUUUCGACAUUUAUAUUGACUGUUUUUUGGAAAAUGUGUGUUAGCACCCAAGUUCAAGAUUAUCAUCAAUGCAUUGACUUAACACAAUUUAAUUUCUUAUUUCCACAAUCUACUCGUAUUGAAUAUUUAAAGAUAUGUGAAAUUCGAGAAAUAAAGUUCUUCUGCAGAGAUUUUGUUGAAAAAUCAGAAUUUAUGUUUAUGAUGGCAACUUUUGGAGUAAUUUUGAUAUUAAUAAGUCUGGUUCAUUAUCUGAUGUGUUUAUCUGCUAAUUAUGCUCACAUCAGAGAUCAUGAAAAAUUUGAAGAACUUCAAGAAUUACAACUUUUACAAGACACUGAUUUCGCUACUUCAAAAGAAAGAUUUUAA